AUAACUCCUCAUUUCCAUUGUCUGGCUUGAGGCAGAAAGGUGUUUGUCGCCUUCUUUUUCCAGACUGUGGUGACUGUAAGGGACCUGUGGGAUAGUUGGACUAUACUGAGAAAGCUGACACGUAGAGGAUGGCACCUCACAUGUUCCUUCUCCUGUUAGCAGGUCUAAUAGGAGCAGCAACAGCACAAAGUAGUACAGAAAGCCCAAUAACUACAUCACCAGAGGCCGUGAACUCAACACUAAAUAUCACUGAGCUCACAACUUUGGCAUCAGAUAAUGGAACAGAGUCAACAACCAAUGGAAUCACAACACAAGAGACUCAGCCAACAAUCUCAGCCAGUGGAACAGAGUCAACAACCAAUGGAAACACAACACAAGUGACUCAGCCAACAAUCUCAGCCAGUGGAGCAGAGACAACAACAAAUGGAAUCACAACACAAGUGACUCAGCCAACAAUCUCAGCCAGUGGAACAGAGUCAACAACCAAUGAAAACACAACACAAGUGACUCAGCCAACAAUCUCAGCCAGUGGAACAGAGUCAACAACCAAUGGAAACACAACACAGGUGACUCAGCCAACAAUCUCAGCCAGUGGAACAGAGUCAACAACCAAUGAAAACACAACACAAGUGACUCAGCCAACAAUCUCAGCCAGUGGAGCAGAGACAACAACAAAUGGAAUCACAACACAAGUGACUCAGCCAACAAUCUCAGCCAGUGGAACAGAGUCAACAACCAAUGGAAACACAACACAAGAGACUCAGCCAACAAUCUCAGCCAGUGGAACAGAGUCAACAACCAAUGGAAACACAACACAAGUGACUCAGCCAACAAUCUCAGCCAGUGGAACAGAGUCAACAACCAAUGGAAUCACAACACAAGCGACUCAGCCAACAAUCUCAGCCAGUGGAACAGAGUCAACAACCAAUGAAAACACAGCACAAGUGACUCAGACAACAAUCUCAGCCAGUGGAACAGAGUCAACAACCAAUGGAAACACAACACAAGUGACUCAGCCAACAAUCUCAGCCAGUGGAACAGAGUCAACAACCAAUGGAAUCACAACACAAGCGACUCAGCCAACAAUCUCAGUUAGUCCAUCAUCACCAGCAGCCAACAUCACCUCACCUCCAUUCAGUGCAACUUCUGAACCAGUCAGUUCAUCAUCACCAGCAGCCAACAUAACCUCACCUCCAUUCAGUGCAACUUCUCAACCAGUCAGUUCAUCAUCACCAGCAGCCAACAUAACCUCACUUCCAUUCACCGCAACUUCUGAACCAGCCAGUCUAACAUCACCAGCAGCCAACAUAACCUCACCUCCUUUCACCGCAACUUCCGAACCAGCCAGUCCAACAUCACCAGCAGCCAACAUAACCUCACCUCCUUUCACCGCAACUUCUCAACCAGUCAGUCCAACAUCACCAGCAGCCAACAUUACCUCACCUCCUCCUUUCACCGCGACUUCUGAACCAGUCAGUUCAUCAUCACCAGCAGCCAACAUAACCUCACUUCCAUUCACCGCAACUUCUGAACCAGCCAGUCCAACAUCACCAGCAACCAACAUCACCUCACCUCCUUUCACCUCAGCUUCUGAACCAGUCAGUUCAACAUCACCAGCAGCCAACAUCACCUCACCUCCUUUCACCUCAGCUUCUGAACCAGUCAGUUCAACAUCACCAGCAGCCAACAUCAGCUCAUCUCCAUUCACCGCAACUUCUCAACCAGUCAGUCCAACAUCACCAGCAGCCAACAUAACCUCACCUCCAUUCACCGCAACUUCUCAACCAGUCAGUUCAACAUCACCAGCAGCCAACAUAACCUCACCUCCUUUCUCCGCAACUUCUGAACCAGUCAGUUCAUCAUCACCAACAGCCAACAUAACCUCACCUCCAUUCAGUGCAACUUCUCAACCAGUCAGUUCAUCAUCACCAGCAGCCAACAUCACCUCAUCUCCUCCAUUCACUGUAACUUCUAAACCAGUCAGUUCAACGUCACCAACAGCCAACAUUGCCUCAACUCCAUUCAGUGCAACUUCUGAACCAGCCAGUCCAAUCCUUCUAUCUUCACCAACACUCACUAGUAGCUCAACAACCGUAAAUAUAAUCUCAACCCUACCCAUGUCCACCUCACUGCCAGACAAUGUAACCUCACAUGAAACAGGUACAACCUCAUCAACAUUCAGUGAAACGCCACCAUCUACUCUGUCACCUGUCAGCCAAACCUCAGCACCUAGUAUCGCAACUUCGCCAUCUACAAUACCAUCAACUAAACCAACAACUACUACAACUGCUGCUACAACUACAACCACAACACCUGCACCACCACCAGAGCCAAAAGUUACAUUAGAAUUUAAGGUUGCGCAAACAUUCACACCAGCGUUGACAAACAAAGAAUCACAGGAGUUCAAAGAUCUUGAGAAAAAUGUGUCUACAGCACUUGACGAUGUCUAUUCCAAGAAAUUUGGACCUGCUUUCAAUCGAACUGUCAUAAAGGGAUUCAGACAGGGAUCAAUUGUCGUCGACACUGAGCUGAUAUUCAAUAACGUCACAGCAUUACCAGAUAUCAAGGAUGUUGCUGAAACUUUAAAGAAUGCGAGCUCUACCCCUGGUUUUGGCCUUGAAGUCAACACAUCUAGUAUUGCUGUAGCUGUUGUAACACCAACUCCAGUCCCAACUACAGCUACAACAGCGACAACGACUGCUGUAACAGCUUCACCUACACAAGAUAUAACUUCACUGCCAGUCAGUUCAUCAUCACCAGCAGCCAACAUCACAUCACCUCCAUUCACCGCAACUUCUCAACCAGUCAGUUCAACAUCACCAGCAGCCAACAUUACCUCAGCUCCAUUCAAUGCAACUUCACCAACAAUCACCAUGAGCUCAACAACAGUCACUAUAACCUCGACACUACCCAUAUCCACCUCACUACCAGAAAAUGCAACUUUACAGCAAACAAGUACAAUCUCACCAACAGUCAAUACAACUUCUGUAGUGGUCAUCCCAACAUCACGACAAGUUGACACCACCCCAACUCCUCUCAAUGCAACUUCUGUUCCAAUCAAUUCAACAUCACCGUCCACUGUGUCAACUGUAAGCCAAACGUCAGCACCUAGUAUCGCAACUUCCCCAUCAACAUUGCCAUCAACUAUGCCAACAACAGCUACAACACUUGCUACAACUACAACUACUACAACUCCUGCUACAACUACAACUACAACACCUGCCCCCCCAGAAAUGCCAAGAAUUAGGUUAGAGUUUAGGUUGGUGGAAACAUUCAUUAACGCGCUUUUAAAUAAAGAAUCAACAGAGUUCAAAACCCUUGAGAAAAGAGUGACUGCUGAGCUUGAUGGAGUCUAUUCUAGAAGAUUCGGGCGUAAAUUCCUUAAAACUCUCAUCAAAGCCUUCAGACAAGGAUCAGUUGUAGUUGACUCUGAGCUGGUUUUCAAUAAUGAGACAGCACCACCAAACGCCAGUGAUGUUGUGGAAACUUUAAAGAAUGCAAGCACCAGCCCAGAUUUUAACCUGACCGUCAACGCAACUGGUAUUCUUGCAGAAGUUGUAACACCAACUCCAGUCCCAACUACAGCUACAACAGCGACAACGACUGCUGUAACAGUGACAUCCGUGACUCCACCUCCAACCAAUGCAACGACUCCAGUAACUGGCGUGACUUCACCUCCAACCAAUGCAACGACUCCAGUAACUGGCGUGACUCCACCUCCAGCCAAUGCAACGACUCCAGUAACUGGCGUAACUCCACCUCCAGCCAAUGCUACGACUCCAGUAACUGGCGUAACUCCACCUCCAGCCAAUGCAACGACUCCAGUAACUAUGCCAACAACAGCUACAACACUUGCUACAACUACAACUACUACAACUCCUGCUACAACUACAACUACAACACCUGUCCCCCCAGAAAUGCCAAGAAUUAGGUUAGAGUUUAGGUUGGUGGAAACAUUCAUUAACGCGCUUUUAAAUAAAGAAUCAACAGAGUUCAAAACCCUUGAGAAAAGAGUGACUGCUGAGCUUGAUGGAGUCUAUUCUAGAAGAUUUGGGCGUAGAUUCCUUAAAACUCUCAUCAAAGCCUUCAGACAAGGAUCAGUUGUAGUUGACUCUGAGCUGGUUUUCAAUAAUGAGACAGCACUACCAAAUGCCAGUGAUGUUGUGGAAACUUUAAAGAAUGCAAGCACCAGCCCAGGUUUUAACCUGACCGUCAACGCAACUGGUAUUUUUGCAGAAGUUGUAACACCAACUCCAGUCCCAACUACAGCUACAACAGCGACAACGACUGCUGUAACAGCAGGAACCCCAGCAGUAACUACACCAACUACGAUAGCAAUUACAACUGCAGCACCCACAGGCCCUCCAACUGCCACUGAGGGAUUUCUUUUUAUGAUAUUUGGUCUCAACCAAACAUUUACAUCAGAAUUGGCCGACAUCACUUCAACAGCUUUUCAAGAACUGGCUUCAACUGUGGUCAAGGAGAUUAACAGAAUUUGCCUUGGCCUCUUCACUGGUUACAGUCGUUCACGCGUCAAUUCCUUCAAGAGUGGAUCUGUAAUUGCCAACAUGAGUCUAGUGUUCAGAGACAAAUCUGUUCUUCCUGAAUUAAACAAUGCUCUGUCACUGCUGCAAAAGGAGCUUCUUAAUUCUAACACACUGGGUUAUAUAAAUGGCAGCUUGGUUUUAGCAUCGGGCGGUCCUCCUCAACCCACAAUGGGAAGUUUGACUUUCUUUUCGCUCAUCAUGCUGGCUGUGGCACAGAUGCUGAUCAACUCAUAGUACCUGAAGCAAGUGCAUUGUCAUUUGUUGCAAGCAGGCAUGCCGUAAUGCUUAAGUUUGACAUAACACAUGCACACUGUGAAAGUUACCAAAUGUGGUAAAAAGAUGUGUCCUGUGGGUCAAAGAUUGAGAAAGCAAAUUGGCAUGUCCUAUUUAAUUUACUAAUCAACUUAUGUAUGUUUUUUUUUUUUUAAAUACAUAUUUCUUUCAUUUUAUUGAGUAAUAGCUUUUAUGUAAACAUACAAACGUCUAAAUUAUCAUGGGUGAUAUAUGUCUUGAUAAAUGUAAUUCAUGAGUCAGCAAAAUACAUUAUGUUAUUUAAAUCCAUAUUGCCCCUAAAGAAUCUCAAUGUGGUCAGUGUAGUAUGUUGUAUAAUCUUAUACGAGUGGAAAAAUUAGUUUAUUAUCAAGAUUAUGUAAUUUAAACUACUGUAUUGUAUAAGUUAUUUGAUAGUAGACUGUAAUGUCCUGACAAUUAUCUGUGGUAAGUAAUAAAUAAGUAACUUUUAAUGAUUCCUGUUGAAUAUUUUAUGUAUGUUUGCAAAAUGCAAAAGAUUAAUUCUACUAUGGAUCAAAAAUAUAAUUAAAGAUUACCUUUAAAGA